AGACUUUAAACACGUCUGCGUCCGAAUGCGCCGCCGGUGACACUGGGAGCCGAGUGCGCAGGCGCCGAAAACCGGAAGUCGCGCCGGAAAGGGGCUCGUGCGCUGAGUGGACAAAAGCGCGGGCGGAGUCGGCGGCAGGGUAGAACACGCAGAGGAUUUGUGAAUGGACAGCUCUCAAACACAUCACGUCGGAGCUGCACUGUGGGUUCAUCCCCACCUGACUGUCGUUGACCUUUGAUACUGAAGGGAAGAUGCUCGUCUGUUUCAUUUCUGAGAAAAGGUCACAAUCCACGGGGUGGUCCUUGUGGCCGUGAGAGCGUUCAAGUGCCCCGACUGUGGCAGGAACCUCAGCCUGAGGAGGGAGCGCCACCAUCUCUCCAUGGAAAACACAAACAUGUACGUUCCCUUUUGAUGAACCACCCUGGCGGGAAGCUAUGUGGCUUUUCUUCACGAAUUUGAAAGGGGAGCAAGUAUUUCCAUGACAUUGGUGUGGAUUGUUGUGAAGAUUUCCUGUCCAGCUGGAAUCUCACGUCAUUGCUUUUUGCCGGAAAUGAAGGUCAGUGUCUCGUGCGCCUGUUGGAAAUCCAUUGAUGCCAAACCCUGAGGAGACACCAGCAGGUCCUCACUGGAGAUCGGACACCCAACUGCCUCCGGUGUGGGAAGGGGAUUCACUCAGUCGUCCACUCCGCCGAGAGACCAUCCAGCCUCACUGAGAGCGGGAGGGGGCUCGCCAAGUAAGAUGAUGCCCCAGCGAGGCCAUGCCGGGGGGAAGCUGUUUGCCUGCUCAGAAUGCGGGAAGGGGUUCACACGGUCGUCCCACCUGCUGACGCACCAGACAGUGCACACUGGGGAGAGGCUGUUCGCCUGCCCUGACUGUGGGAAGAAGUUCACCCGGUCAUCGAGCUUGAUGCGGCACCAGCAGUUCCACACCAGGGAGAGGCUGUUCACCUGCACUGAGUGCGGGAGGGGCUUUAUGCAGUCAUCCGACCUGGUGAGGCACCAGCGGGUUCACACCGGUGAAAGGCCGUUUGCCUGCACUGAGUGUGGUGAGAGAUUCACCCAAUCGUCCAGCCUGAUAUCGCACCAGCGUGUCCACACCGGGGUGCGGCCGUUCAGCUGCCCUGAGUGCGGGAAGAGAUACGCUCGGUCGUCCAGCCUGCUGAUCCACCAGCAAAUCCACACCGGGGAGAGGCCGUUCACCUGCUCCGAGUGCGGGAAGGGGUACAGCCGCUCCUCGGAGCUGCUGAUCCACCAGCAAGUCCACACCGGGGAGAAGCCUUUCCCCUGCUCCAUCUGCGGGAAGCGGUUUACCCACUCGUCCAACCUGCUGAUACACCAGCGCAUUCACACCGGCGAGAGGCCAUUUACCUGCUCCGAGUGCGGACGGGGGUUUGUUCAGUCGGCCCAUCUCCUGAAGCAUCAGCGCGUUCACACCGAGACGAAGCCAUUCACCUGAUCCUUGUGCGGGAAGGCGUUCGCCCGCUCGUCCCAGCUGCUGACGCACCGGCUGAUUCACACCGCGGAGGGCUCGUUCGCCUGCUCGGUGUGGGACGAUGUUAACUUAGUUCUGCCGCCAAGCGAAGAGCCGUCAAACUCACACUGAGGAGACCGAUCAGGCGUGCUGCGUACGUUCAUCAUUGAACCAUUACUGCUGCUGAGUCCAUGCAGAGGACGGCUCUUACUGCUGCAGCUCAGGGCUUUCAGGAUUGAAGCCUGAUCGCUGGCCACAGCUCGGGUCUGUUUCUUCUCAAGUCAGUAACUACUAUAACCAGGCUGCAGUUCAGCAUUCUGUGUCUGUAACAAAUAAACCUGUUUUGUUUAAAACCCUGUGUCUUGGGUCUUUUACAAAUCGAGAGGCCCCUCAGUCUAGUUGCUCCACACCAGCCUCUUCCCAACUCCUCUGCUUCCUGAGCCUGUCACCUCGACUGUGGCGUCGGCUGCCGAGAGCAGCUUUCCUGCAUUAAGAGUCAGGUUUAAUGUCACUGGCAUACUUUGCAAAAUUUGUUGUUUUGCAGCAGCAGUGUGUUACAACACAUAAUACAAACUAUAAAUUACAGUAAGUGUAUAACGUAUAAUAAAAAUUAGUAAUGCAGAAGGAGAGGAAAAGAACAGUGUUCAUGUCCAUUCAGAAAUCUGAGGACAGAGGGGAAGAAGCUGUUCCAGAAAUGCUGAGUGUGUGUCCUCAGGCUCCUGAACCUCCUCCUCGAUGGGCCAGCCUUUCAAAUUGUCCCCAGGCGUAGCCUGUCGAAGAUCCUUCCUCUCCCAGGGAUGAGGCCUUUGCUGUUUCUGUAGCUCUGGGUUUUUACCGGAUGGCAUUGCCAACCCCAUGCCCAUCUUUGCGGCCGGCCUUGGCACCAUCCUUGGUGGAGUUCUCCAGCUUACUGAGACGUCCUCCUGUUUUUCUCUCUUCUCCAUUGAGCUUCCCCUUCCAGGCACUUGUGCAGGAGCGGCAGCUGGCACCCCAUCCGCUCCAACUCUGCUGUUGUACCACAUCGACCACAGGUCUGAUUGUAACUUUCUGGUGACUCUCCGCCACCGCCCCCUCGCUUAUCAAGAAUCUACCACUGCCUUAAAAAAAUACUGAACUCUGCUUCCAGUGUCCUUUUGGAAAGAAACUUUGAAUGACACCCGCAUCUAAUACCCUGGAUAAUUCUGAGCAGCAUUGUGUAUCAAACUGAUCACAUGUGCCUUACCAUCUCCCCCCAAUAGGCCUUCAUCUCGCUAAAUUUCUGUGUCCCCGAUUUCCUCCAGUCGGAUCUGCGUUCCGUUCAUACUCUGGCCCUCAGCUGCUCUCCCCCGACCAUCACGUCACAACAACAGUGAGCAGCUCUGAUCUGGAAAUGUGGAUUUAAUGGCAGCUUUCAAACAGGAAUCGGAUCUCCUUAUAGAAAGAGAAAAUCACCACUGGGCCUCGGGGAACAAGCAGGUCAACACAGAGACUUUAAACACGUCUGCGUCCGAAUGCGCCGCCGGUGACACUGGGAGCCGAGUGCGCAGGCGCCGAAAACCGGAAGUCGCGCCGGAAAGGGGCUCGUGCGCUGAGUGGACAAAAGCGCGGGCGGAGUCGGCGGC